UCCACUUUAGGGAGCCGGAUCUCGAUGAGGCGUGGUGGCUCGGCAGUGCGGCCGGUCGGCACCGAUGGAUCGGAUUUCUCCUACCGCAUGACCGUGGACGACAAAUACCGGAGAGCUGCGCAUGCUCGUAUGCAUUUGCGGAGAUUUGUGGCGAUCCAGACAGCGUUUGUGUUGUUCAAGGCUCUAUGGUCGACUCUCAUGACUCUCAAUGGCGAGCCGCUUGAAAUGACCACCGUGUGUGCGUGUAUCUUUGGGGGAGCUUCUGUCCUCGUUGGAACGCUCGCUCUGAAAACUGGUGCUUCGCCCCAUUUGCUCAAGCUCUACUUGCUCCUCACGGGGACUUCCAUCUCGCUCUCGCUGCUCCCGAUCAUCUCUGGCCGUUUCUUCGCAGAGCAGUGGUCGGACGAGUGGCAGAAGAGCAGCAAGGAAAACAGGAACAAAGUCAUCCUCGUUAGCCUCGAAGCCGUCCAAGAAGCCAUUGGGAUUUUGGUCCAGCUUCUGUCCGUCUCGAAAGCGCUCUCGUUAUCCAACAGCAUUGCUCGCAAGAAAUAAGAAGUAAAGUUCCUUUCUUUCCUCAACCA